UGCGCCAGAACCGCUGCCUCGCUCCCGGAAGUGGAGGGUCUACACGAAGCGCCGCUGGGUCUGGGUGCCCGGAGGCAGCAGCGUUCGCGGAGUUCGCCCGCCGGCCUCCGAUCGCCAUGUCGGCUUUCGAAACCAACCCCUUCGCGGACCCAGUGGAUGUAAACCCCUUCCAGGAUCCCUCUGUGACCCAGCUGACGAACGCCCCACAGGGCGGCCUGGCGGAAUUCAACCCCUUCUCAGAGACAAAUGCAGCGACAACAGUUCCUGUCACACAACUCCCUGGGUCCUCGCAGCCAGCGGUUCUCCAGCCAUCAGUGGAACCAACCCAGCCGACCCCCCAGCUCCUGCUUAGACAGGCCGGCAAGUUCCUGCCUGCCCAAUUCCUGGCAGCGAGCGAGCUCUCAGAGAGGCAGAUGCUCCUAGGAGGAGAAAGUAUUCUCAGAGACAGCUACAUGCGAAAGCUUCCGAAGGCUGUGGUGUCUGCAGCCCAGGCAGGCCUGCUUCGGCAGCAGGAAGAACUGGACAGGAAAGCUGCUGAGCUGGAACGCAAGGAGCGGGAGCUGCAGAACACUGUAGCCAACUUGCAUGUGAGAGACAACAACUGGCCCCCCCUGCCCUCGUGGUGCCCUGUGAAGCCCUGCUUCUAUCAGGAUUUCUCCACAGAGAUCCCUGCCGACUACCAGCGGAUAUGCAAGAUGCUCUACUAUCUGUGGAUGUUGCAUUCAGUGACUCUGUUUCUGAACCUGCUUGCCUGCCUGGCCUCGUUCUCGAGUGACAGCUCCAAGGGAGUGGACUUCGGCCUCUCCAUCCUGUGGUUUCUGAUCUUCACUCCCUGUGCCUUCCUUUGUUGGUACCGACCCAUCUAUAAGGCCUUUAGGUCCGACAACUCUUUCAGUUUCUUUGUGUUCUUCUUUGUAUUUUUUUGUCAAAUAGGGAUCUACAUCAUCCAGUUGGUUGGCAUCCCUGGCCUGGGGGACAGCGGUUGGAUUGCAGCCCUGUCUACACUGAAGAAAGGGUCCCUGGCCGUAUCAGUCAUCAUGAUGGUGGUGGCUGGCUUCUUCACCCUCUGUGCCGUGCUCUCAGUCUUCCUCCUGCAGCGGGUGCACUCCCUCUACCGCCGGACAGGGGCCAGCUUCCAGCAGGCCCAGGAGGAGUUUUCCCAGGGCAUCUUCAGCAGCAGAACCUUCCACAGAGCUGCUUCAUCUGCUGCCCAAGGAGCCUUCCAGGGGAAUUAGUCCUCCUCUCUCUUCUCUCCCCCUCAGCCUUUCUCUCGCCUGCCUUCUGAGCUGCACUUUCCAUGGGUGCCUUAUGUGGUGGUGGUUGUGCCCAGCACAGACCUGGCAGGGGUCUUGCUGUGGCUCUUCCUCCUCCCUCAGCGACCAGCUCUCCCUGGAAGGGGAGGGACAGGGACUUUUUUUUCCCCCUCUAUGUACAAAAAAAACAAAGCUCUCUUUCCUUCUCUAGUGAUGGUUUGGUAGGAUUCUUUUGUCUCUGGAAGCAGUGGGACUGAAGUUCUCUUCGUCCUGUGCACACACAGACACCCCCACACAGUUGGGAUCACAGGCUGACCUGGGCCCACCCCAGCUGGAGUUUUCUGCCAGGGUCCUGGGCCUUGACUCCCCCACCCUGCAGGCCUGGCCUGAAUUUGGCUUCUCAGACACAGCCCAGCCCUUCCUGCCCCGGCUGGGGAUAAGCCUCUCACAGGCUCCGGUGGACAGAUCUGUUCCCCAGGUCACUCCAGUGGUCUCCAGGCUUCCAGAGAAGGCUGGUUGCCUCAAGCUCUUGCCUGCCUCAUAAAUGGAUCCAGAGAAGACUGGCUGCCUUCGGCUCUUCCCUGCCUCACAUUCCUUAUAAACGGAUUCAUAGCCCUUUAGCCCCCUGCACCCUCCUGCAGGGGACUGCACUUUGAGCCCUCUGGAGCCCUCGCUGAGCCUUACUCUCUUCAGACUCUGGAUGUGCAGUGCGGUUGGCUGGGGUUUGGGGACCGGAAGGGACCAAGGACACUGACCCCAAGCUGUCCUGCCCAGCGUCUUCCAGGAGGGCGGGGUCUGCCUGUGCUGGUGUGGUUGGUUUGGCCCUGUUUGCUGUGACUUCCCCUCCCCUGAGGGACGGCUGCCUUUGCCUCUGCCUCAGAUGCCACCUGCCCCACCCAUGCUCCCCAUCAGCAGCAUCCAGACUUUCAGGAAGGGCAGGGCCAGCCAGUCCAGAACCGCAUCUUUCAGCAGGAACUGAUGAGCCAUCUCUUGGAGGGCCCCCUAGUACCCAGUGGAGUCUGGCUCACACCCGGGGGGGUGGGGGGGGGGCGUGUCACUCUGAUGGCCAACUAGGAGUCCACCUUUAAGACCAGCACCUUGUUCCCCGAGGCUGCCGAGCGGGUGUGUGGACUGGGGGGCCUUCCCACAAAACUAGCCUCUGGCUCGGCCCCAGGCAGCCGCAGGCCCCGAGCCACUGAAUGAUACUGGCAGCGGUUGGGAUUUUAUAAACUCCUUUCUGGUAUUUUUUCCCCUCUAUGUACAAAUGUAUAUGUUACGUCUCAAUUUUGUGCUUAAAUAAAAAUAAAAAGACAUUUUCAGACAA